AUGGCUCUACGACUGCAGUGUAACGACUACAUUAUCCAUCUUGCCGCGUGGGCUGGUGAUGGCUUCAAGGAGGGCGUGUCGCUUACCGUUUACGACGAGCUGAUCUACAAGGGCCCCUUUACGCCCCUCUUCCGUCGCUUCCUCUUUUCGAGAAUCCGCCUGACUUCCAAGAUUACCAUCAUCUCGUACACUGGAACCUACUACGCCAUUGGGGCGGCCUGGAUCUUGACAUCGUGCAAUUACUUCCUUAUGGGAUGGUUCAACGGAUACCUAGACAAGUACUAUAUUGAUUCGUGGCAGGUCUGGUUCUCCAUCAUCCUAGUCUUCAAUGCUUUCAUGCGAUACCGUGCCGGCAAAAGCAACAUCGCUACCUCCAUGGUGGAGAACUUCAAAUGGACCAUGAUGCUGGCUAUCAUCUUGGGCGGCCUGUCCUUUCACGUGUCACAGGCCUUGCUGGCCCACAUGUUUGAGAUUGAUAUGAUGUGGGGCGCUACCAUUAAGGAGGCUGAGUUCUCUAAUUUCUGGAUCGAGGUGCCUAAGGUGGUGAAGAAGGUAUCUAUCACGUUUAUGGUGACAAUGAUCGUGCUCGCGGCGUUGGUAUUUCGUGCCGUUUCCCGUCUUCAGUCGGUGGUAGCUACGUCGAUGUAG